AUGACUGACUCCCCGAUCUCCCAGGCCGGCCUAUUCGGCGAAGCGGUGGAGGACUUUGCCCAACAGUUCUCCUCCGCGCAGAAGCAGACGGAGGCGUUUCGACAAAUCAUCCUGCCCCGGCGGUCUGCGGCUGUCGCCCCACCGCCGGCUGCAGCCCCUCUGUCUGCUCGUCGCCGAGGGUGCCCUCCUGCGGCCUCCACCUCCGCUCCAGCACGGCCACAACAGCAGCCUUCACAACGGCCGCAGCGUGGAGCUGGCCGCAGGAAACCGGUGCAGCCCGCCUCCGCCCCUGCCAAGCCCUUUGUCUUCAGACGACAGGCUUCUCUGAGUAAAAAAAUGCCUCCUCCUCAUGAGCGCCACGAAAGGACAACUGAACAUGACGAGGGUUCUCCUACCAAUCCUGUUAAGUUCCUGGGUCAGGACUAUCAGAAGCUGCUCCAGAAAUCUCUCAGAAGAAAAGAGCUGUACAAAGAUGAGUUGUUCCCUCCAAACAGCAGCUCUAUUGGCACUCUGAGUAAAGAAGCUAACCUGGACUAUAAUAAUGUCAUAUGGAAGAGACCAGCAGAAUUAGUGUCACCUGGUAAACCAUUCUUCACUAUUGAUGGAAUGUCCAGUUCGUAUUUGUUUUUAGGGAACUGCUGGUUUUUGGCUUCAAUUGGGGCUUUAAUCUCAAAAGAUGAGGAGACAUCAUUUAUGACGAAACAUAUCAUAAACCAAGUCCUUCCAACAGGCCAGACAUUCAGCAACAAUUAUGCAGGGAUAUUUCACUUCAGGUUCUGGCGAUUUGGGAAAUGGAUUGAUGUUGUCAUUGAUGAUCUGCUUCCAACAAUUGAUGACAAGCUCAUUUUUGUGGGUUUGAAAACAACUAAUGAGUUUUGGCCUGCCUUACUGGAGAAAGCUUAUGCAAAGGUGUGCGGAUCUUACGCAGACCUAGAUGGUGGAUUCAUGUCUGAGGCCCUGAUGGACUUCACUGGUGGGGUGCACAUGGAGUUUGUGUUGAAUGAAGCCCCUACUUAUCUGUGGGACAUUAUGGAUCGUGCAGCUAAGUCACAAACCCUCAUGGGCUGUGCUUCUUAUGACAGGGAAACACGUGAAGCUGUGUCACCCAAUGGCAUAGUUGGGGGUCAUGCUUACACUGUGACAGGUGUUUUCAAGGUGAUGAGUGAAGGAAAUCCAGUUCAUCUGGUGAGAGUGUUAAACCCAUGGGGAAAUACAGAGUGGAAUGGAGACUGGAGUGACAAAUCAUAUUUGUGGGACACAGUGAGUAAGCAGGACCUCAAGUGCCGUGAACGUCUUGAAAACGGGGAGUUCUGGACGUCAAUGGAAGAUUUUACCAGAAACUUUGAAAGCUUGGAUAUCUGCUGUCUCUCUCCUGAUUUUCUGGACAGAUCCUCUGGAUGCCAUUGGAAAUCACAAUGCAAUUUUGGCAAAUGGAUUGCUGGGACUACAGCUGGUGGUUCCAUGGACAAUAUGGCGACUUUCUGGAAAAACCCUCAGUUUCGGGUGAGGAUCGAGGAGCUUAGUGAGGACUGUACUCAUGAGGAGGGUGCUGAAAACAUACUGGUGUCGCUCAUGCAGAACCAUGAGAAGAGAACCAGAAGUAGCCAAAAGAACUUCAUGAUUGGUUUCUAUGUUUUUAUGGUGAGAGGUGAGAGUGGGAAGUUCUCAGCUGAGUUCUUUAAUGACAAAACACCUGUGGAAAUUAAGUCUUUCCAAAACUUGAGAGAGGUGAUGGGAUUCUUCUGGCUGGAGCCAGGAGAGUACCUGAUUGUACCGUGCACAGAGAAUCCUGGUCAAACUGCCUCCUUCAUUCUGUCUAUUUUCUCAAAGCAUGAGACACACUUUGAAUAUAUUGAAGAGGCUGAGGAGAAUGAAGACACUUCCUGAUGUAAGCGAAGCCUGUCACUCAAAGUGGCUACUUGGAGAAAUAAGUCAACUUAUACCUAAUCACGUUUUCUUUGUUCUUUCAUGCUCAGUUCAGAAUGGCUAUUUAGCUUUAUUUUAUUACUCUUUUUUCCUCCAAAGAAAUCAAUUUGUGACCACUGUUGACAGCUGUUAAACUAAAGCUAAUGU